AAAGACACAGAGACAAGCAAAAAUUUUUUAUUGAUUAGUACUGACACUCACAUGAGACUUUGGUUUAGACCGAAAGAUGAAAGAUUAUUCAUUUCGAAACUGAUUUCUAUAUUUGGCGAAUAUGCAUUUGGUGGAAUGGUGACAACGUCUGUUUUGAAUGAAACAUUUAAAAUUAUCUACAAAAUUGCUUGCUUGCAGUUACAUGUUUCUCCUGUGAAACGUAUCCUCGACCUUAUCGAUGAAAGUAUCAAGAACAAGAAAUCAAUACAUGAACUAUGUUUGCGUAGAUGUCGAAUUAUUCCACAAGACAUCUAUGCUAUUACUCAUGCUUUGUCGUUCUACCCUGGCAUAACUUUAAUAGAUUUAAGAAGUACACGUAUGACCAGUAAAGGUCUUGUGUAUUUACUAAAAGCACUUUGCAAGUACAAGUGGUUACAGAGUUUAGAUUUUGGACAAAAUGAAGCUAUUGAUUCUCGAGAAACAAGAUCUGCUCUACAAGAGUAUCUAUCCAAUGCACACUUAAAAUGCAUAAAGUUUCGCAGUACAGAUGUUGGAAAUGUAACAUUUGAUGUAUUUUUUCAGUCCUUAAAGACUCACAAAACGCUUACUGAUGUUCAUAUUGCAUUUAAUGUUGUUGAUGAUGUAAAUUGUGAUGCUAUCUCUGAAGUUAUUAUCCACAACACAAAGUUGGAAAAACUGCUCAUGUGGCAUAGUCAUAUCACUGAUCAUGGUGCCAAUGUAUUGAUAAAUGCUGUAAACCAACGACCGAUGGAUUCACCACAUUUGUGUCUAGAACUCCAUGGUUCUCAAUAUAUAUAUGAAGAAACAAUGAAACAUUUUGACGAAUGUGUUAGAUUGAAAUGUCAAUCCAAAGUAAGCAGAAAGGUUAAGGUAUCGGGACAAAGCUCGGAUUUUGUGGAAGCACUUACUGGAAACAAAAUUCAGGAAAUUGUGGGUAAAACUUCUAAUGGUGAAGAAAUAGAAAAGGAAAUUGAAACGCUCAAAUUAAAAGAAGAAAUUCAAUCAAAAGAAAAGGUUGAAAGGAAAGGACUUGCUCGCAUGAAAUCUAAUCUUAAGAACAACUAUGUGUCUCCACUUGAUGACUCAGAAAAAAUGGUUGCGUAUGUGCUGGACCAAAAGUUUAUCGGCGAAAGAGCUGAUGGGUUGUAUUUUUCAGAAAUUCUGCUGGACGAUCAUGGUAAGGCAAAAGAAUUAUGGGCUUCAUGUAAUAGGUGCGAUCAUCCUGUGCUGGACGUGGUAGCAUAUUAUUGUAAUAGUAACACACGCAAGAAUUUACUGGCUGAUGUAAACGCAGCUUUAGAAGAAUGUGGAUUUCUUGGACUUGUGAUUGAAGAGGAAGAAAUUCAUCCGAUUCAAAAAGUGGAACACUGUACUGAUCUUGGUGACUUUGAUGCCAGCAGACGACAGAUAUUUUCAAUGAUAUCAACUCAAAUUGGUUUCGAAGCAAGCUUUGAUGGUUGUUCUGAAGUAUGGAAACUUCGAGAAAGCGUUCCAUUCGUAGUGCAUGAUGGAAUUAUAGUCGUAGGGACUUCCACGGCUAUCAAUCUGGCUGUGAGAAUAUUUCUUGAAGUUGUAUUUCAUGUCUAAAUUUCAGAAAAGUGAGAAAUCAAAAUCUUAGUUCAAAACCGACAGGCUCCGUUCUUCAAUACAGAACACCUAACAAAUCCAAGGGACGAGGUCCUAAAUAAUGUUUGGCCCCGGUAGCUUAUAUUCCUGUGAUAACGAUGCGGGCAAUGUCUACGACGGGCGAAAAUCAACAAACCUGUGGAAUCUUCUACUGGCUACCUGGUGGACGAGGAUGAAAUAGGCUACCUAUUACUCCAUAUUGGACGUAUACUGUAUAUAAAAACAUUCUCGUCCACAUUUUUUAAAUAAAUGUCGACACUUUUCAAAGUGUAUCUCAAAGACCCUCUCAGGCCAAAAAUAUGAAUUUUUUAAUUAGAUUUAUUUGAAAAAGUUUUGCGCUUUUUUC